AUGCCUCUCAUUAUCGCUGCUACGGGGAAACAGCGUCGGAAAGUUCGUUUCCCGUCAGCCAGUCACGCAGCCCAGCCAGGAAAAGGCGAGGACAAGAUUGGAAGAUUCAGGGAUCGUCUACCAGCGAGUAGCCGUACUUUGCCAGCGUCCACUUACCAAGACUCCCGCAAUCAGCACGCCAGGAUGGAUGAUCCCUUAGUACAUCCCGGCAUUCCCACCCUUUUCACAGAGCCGCCUCGAAUCCAUGACGCACUCAUUACAGAGACCACAGAGGUCCAGGAUGAGACCGUCAAUAAGUGCCUGCCAUUUUUAAAAGGAAUUCAUGCGAACCAACAGGACCCACUUAAUCGGCAUGGUGUGCCUCCCCUUAAGCGUGAUGAGCAUAUUAGCUAUCUAUACGACUCCCUGGAGGACUACCCUGCAAGCUUCGUCGGCCUCGAUGCUAGUCGUCCAUGGAUGGUAUAUUGGGCUUUAGCGGGCCUAUGCUUACUUGGCGAAGAUGUCAGUAAAUAUCGCGAACGUGCCAUAUCCUCAUUUCAGCCCAUGCAGAACCCUACAGGUGGGUUUGGAGGAGGUCAUGGCCAGAUUUCUCACUGCGCAUCAAGCUAUGCCGCGGUACUGUCUCUCGCCAUGGUAGGAGGUGAGGAGGCAUUCAGACUCAUUGAUCGCAGAGAAAUGUGGAGGUGGCUCGGACGACUGAAGCAGCCAGAUGGAGGCUUCACACUCUGCGAGGGCGGGGAAGAAGACGUGCGGGGUGCCUACUGUGCGAUGGUGAUCAUAUCACUUCUAGGCUUGCCACUUUCUUUGCCUCCUGAGGCCAAAGCCCGGCAGUCCGGACUAGAAACUUUCACGAGUGGUCUUUCGGAAUACCUAUCUCGAUGCCAAACAUUCGAAGGUGGAAUCUCCGGGAGCCCAGGUUCAGAGGCACAUGGCGCCUACGCCUUCUGCGCGUUGGCGUGCCUCUGCAUCCUUGGCCAACCAGAAGUCACAGUCCCUAGGAGCAUGGAUAUUUCAUUACUGCUAUCGUGGCUUUCUUCUCGACAGUACGCGCCGGAGGGAGGGUUCUCCGGACGAACUAAUAAGCUGGUAGAUGGGUGUUACAGCCAUUGGGUUGGCAGCUGUUGGCCAUUGAUCCAAUCUGCACUCAAUGGAACCCAGCCCGCUGCAGCCGCAAGGCCACCUCCUGCAGACAACCUCUACAGCAGAGAAGGAUUAACGAGAUAUAUCCUUGCUUGUUGCCAGUCUAAAAAUGGAGGGCUCCGUGACAAGCCCGGAAAACAUCCAGAUUCGUAUCACACUUGCUACACCCUCACCGGACUCAGCUCCGUCCAAUAUCGCCACUACCAUACUGACUCGAGUUCUAUUUCUCAAGGAGAGUUCUCGUCGGCAUUUUCCUGGAAAUACCUACCUGUCUUCGAGUCAGAUGGUCAGGGAUCCGAUAUUAAUGUAUUUGGCGAAAACGACCGUCUGAUGGCAUUCCAUCCUCUUUUUGUGAUUCCCCACAAAGCUGCUGAGAGGAUGCGCCUCUGGUACGAAAGUGAGCCACUGAAUAUUUGA